UGCAGGAAGCCUAAAACCUUGGGUCAGGCAUGGAGAGCCCGGCCUCUGCUUCGCGCUGCCCCGUGCGACAGCAGCGUGCUCGUUGGGAACGGAAACGCCUCUGCACGGCUCGGGAGCUGCUGGAGACCGAGCGACGCUACCAGGAGCAGCUGGGGCUGGUGGCCACGUACUUUCUGAAGAUCCUGAAAGCCAAGGGGACACUGCGGCCACCGGAGCGCCAGACGCUCUUCGGGACCUGGGAGCUCAUCUACGCCGCCAGCCUAGAGCUGCUCCCCUACUUGGAGGAAGGACACUGGGGGCCGGGGCUACAGGGCUUCUGCCCCCACCUGGAGUUCUACGUCCAAUUUGCUGCCAAUGCAGAGAAGUCUGAGGCUACCCUUCAGGAGCAGCUGAGGAAGAACAAACGUUUCCGGAGGUUCGUGCAGCUUCAGGAAGGCCGCCCCGAAUUUAGGGGUCUUCAUCUCCAGGACCUGCUCCCUCUGCCUCUGCAGCGGCUCCAGCAGUACGAGAAUCUCGUCAUGGCUUUGGCUGAAAACACAGUUCCCAGCAGCCCUGAUUACCAACAGCUCACACGGGCUGCCCGCCUGGUGAGCGAGACUGCCCAGAGAGUGCACGCCAUUGGCCAGAGUCAGAAGAAUGACCGGCACCUGCAGCGUGUCCAGGCCCUGCUCAGUGGACGCAAGGCAAACGGGCUGACUUCAGGGCGCUGGUUCCUGCGACAGGGCUGGCUUUUAGUGGUGCCUCCCACGGGGGAGCCUCGGCCCCGCAUGUUCUUCCUCUUCUCUGAUGCGCUCCUCAUGGCUAAGCCUCGGCCCCCACUGCACCUGCUGAAAAGCGGCACCUUUGUCUGCAGAGCCCUGUACCCUAUGUCCCAGUGUCAGCUUAACAGGGUCUUUGGCCACUCGGGAGGACCUUGUGGUGGUUUGCUCAGUCUGUCCUUUCCCCAUGAGAAGCUACUGCUUAUGUCUACUGACCAGGAGGAGCUGUCACAAUGGUACCACAGCCUGACUCUGGCUAUUAGAAGCCAGAAGAGCUCCACUCACAGAAGUGUUGCCACAACAUGACACUGUCAUCUACAAAUGUGCUGGGCCACGCUCACAACAAUCCUGGGAUGCAUGUGGCAGUUGGGCUUGCCUGCGAAGAAUCUUACAGGUUCCAGAGCUCAGGAUACUUAGGGACAGGACAGAGCCUUCCAUGGGUCGACACAGGCCAUUAACUAGCUCUUUAAGAAGCAGAAAGCAGCCGGGGCCAGCGUGGUGGCACACACUUUUAAUCCCACCACACGGGAGGCAGAGGCAGGCGGAUCUCUGAGUUCGAGGCCAGCCUGGUCUACAAAGCAAGUCUAGGACAGCCAAGGCUACACAGAGAUAACCCUGUCUCAAAAAACAAAACA